CAUGACAUGAUCCUUUUUCAGAACCGUCAGCUGGACGCACACUAGAGAAUCAAUCAGUCGAACCACACUUUAAACGUUCUGCCACUCACGCGCUAUCUUGCGACGUCACUAACAAGGCAGCGUCUGCUAAGUUAAAUUGAUUAAGUGUAAAUAGCCUCGCGCGUGACAGCAUCGUCGUCUGACGCCACACUUUAUUUAGUUCACUGCAUCAUCACGUGCUUUAUCCACCGUGGGUUUAAAUGAGACGCGACGUGAAAAGUCGACACAGACAGAGUCCAGCACGGUGAGCUCGGACUGCCGCUCCUCUGACCUUAAAGCUCCAUGUGAUCGCAACACUGUGUCAAUAAACACUUUGCUCAUUCAUCUGGGCUGCGAUCUGGGUGUUCCUCCUCCCCAUCCCUCCCUCUGAACAUCUCUCGCCACCUCUCAGGGUGUUCCAACUCCCCGUCCCUCCUCUCGUUCGCUCGCAUCCACUCACUCACUCACACACACAUACACACUCCCUCCACAGUCCUGUGUGGUUCAUCCUCCAGCGCUGGGACCACCACGGAGGGGGGCACUACUAGUGCGUUCGUAUCUUCCCAAACACGCAGGGGGACUCGCGUUAAAACACCUGUGUGUAUAUGUGUGUGAGUGGGGGGGAAAAAAAAAAAAAAAAAUCACACACACACACCCCCCAGCUGAACGUGCAUAAGUGAACAUCAACCCGCGAUCAUCUCCUGGAGACCAGGCAGGCGUCAAUCGGGCGCUUCUUCACCCGCGCGUUUCGCCGACAAAUACGCACAAGGCGCGAAUGGAGUCGCAUGGCGCGGAUCUGCUCGCUGGGAAUGUGUUUCUGGACUUUUUAUGAUACUAGCAGCUCCGGCUUUGUUCCCUGCUCGUCUGCUCGCUUUCUUUCUUUCCCUUUCCGUGCUGAGGAACGCCGAAGGAGGGGAGCGCAGGAUGGCAAGCGGGAGGCUGCUGCUCGGGUACUUCUUGGUCAAAGUUCUGGCGUGGGGCUGCACGGCGGGGGGCGAACCUGGGCAGCAGCUCGACGGCUUCCUCCUGGUUCCCGGCUCCAAUGGCUCCAGGGAGGCGGACGGCAGCCUCCCGCACACGGAAGACAGGUGCCGGGGAUACUACGACGUGAUGGGCCAGUGGGACCCGCCGUUCGUGUGCAAAACGGGCAAUUACCUGUACUGCUGCGGCACGUGCGGGUUCCGCUUCUGCUGCGCGUUCGAGAGCUCCCGCCUGGACCAGAGCACCUGUAAGAACUACGACACCCCCAUAUGGAUGAUGACGGGCCAGACGCCGUACAAAAAGAACGACCCCAGGCACGACCCCACCAAGGAUAAGACCAACUUGAUCGUGUACAUCAUCUGUGGAGUGGUGGCGAUCAUGGCGCUCGUUGGGAUUUUCACCAAACUUGGGCUGGAAAAGGCGCACCGACCCCAGCGGGAGAACAUGUCCAGGGCCCUUGCUAGUGUGAUGAACCAACAAGGCCCAUGUCCAGGGGAACAUGAAGACACCUUGGGAAUGCAUCACUAUGAAAACAUCCAAGCUAGAACAACGGCUAAUAACCUCCAGGGUGUCCAGGUGAACAGUGUGGGUGCGGGCUCCCCCCUUCUGCCCACCAUGACCCAGCCGCAUACGUACCCUGCACUAGGCCAGCUCACCCAUACUUAUGAGCAGCCCCAGCCCGUCAAGGAGCUCAACAAGUACGCGUCACUCAAGGCCGUAGCGGAAAAAGCCAACGAUGACUUCUACAGCAAGCGCCGACACCUGGCAGAGUUGGCAGCCAAGGGUAGCCUUCCGCUUCAUCCUGUACGCCUUGACCACAGUCCCAGCAGCCCCUACAGCCCAGAGGUCCCAGCCCCAUGCCCCAAACAAAACGGGCAUAAGUCCAAAGGCAGCAAGGCCCACGUCAGCCAUCCUCUGGCCUACAGCUGCAACACCAUCGCCAGCCCAGGUGUUCUGAAGGGCUGGAAUGGCACGGAGAGCAUGGACCGGCGCAAAGCUCAUGGGCCCAGGAAGCACUGCACCGUGGAGCAGGUCAAUGAGUUGCACGCAGCCCGCAGCCAGCCCUUCCAGCCCUACUUUGUCACAAACAGCAAGACAGAGGUGACAGUGUAGGCGGUGGGGGGCAGGUGGGUGUGUCAUCGCUCCAACAGUACUGACAGUAAGCGAGCAAAUGAGAGCGUGUGAAAAGGGGUUCCUAUGCUUGGGUCCGCUUGGGUGGAGUGCAUUUGGACCGCAGCCCCAAUGGAAGAGCCUCUCGGGGGUAGAGGAGGUAUUGGCAUGGGGACCCUUUGUCUUGUGUGUUGUUUUGCGUGUGCUUCUGUAUGUGACAAGGCAUUGCGGAGAACUAUUGUUACCAGCAGAACAAAACCUUGACAGUGUCUGCCUGAAAAAAAAUUUACUCGUACUAUCUUAUUAACGGUUUUAUAAUCACUGUUAAUUGAAAAUAUCUAAACGAUGAUAAUCACUGCAAUUAAAUUGAAAGUAAGGAGAACCGAGGGAUUCCAUCGGAAAUAGUAUAGCACCACUAUCAAAGUCAAUAGUGCGAGAGGAAGACUAAAUCGAAAACACACUUUAUGAAUCGCUGCCGGGAAAGGGGCACAGAUUUCAGAAAGAGGAAACAGAACACGUGACGCUUCGUAUCGGUUUGCAUUGGGAUUCUAGGUGGUGACUCGUGGUCCACAUGCACACGGAGCAAUGAUUCCUAACUGGAAAACGACCCUAAAGACACAAUUCCUGCCGCUGGAGCUCUUCUUAUUUUCACUUGGAUGAAUAGGAGAGAUACUUGGUACAGAGAAAAGAGCAGUGAUACUGUCUGGACGCAAGGGAAUCGACUCUAGGAAUGGGUCCGAAGGCGUGCGCCUGGGGCUAGUUGAACUCACUUUCAUUUUCAGAGAAAGAGGAGUAAGACACGGCGAGAUGUGGAGCACUGAGCAACAAACACAGCAACGUAAACUGUUUAUAAACUGUUUCUACCCCUCUCACUCCAUUCCCUUAAUGUUGGGCUGUGCCUUUGUUUUCUUAACUGUUUUUUUUUGGUCUAAGAGCUAAACUCGCCAACCACUGCAGAUAGAGAUAGUACCAAAAGGUAGACAGUAGGGUAGAUCUACAUUUGUCAUCUCUUGCAGUGUGUGGUAACCAGUUGAAUGUUCUUGUUUUGGUUGUUUGAUGUUUUUUUUUUCAUUCUUGUUCACAGUUUUCAUAUUCCUAACGUUUCUUUUAUAUCAAUUUGUUUUAGUGCUAUUGAGACCCAGACAAGAAGAGAAAUCAUCUCUAUUUAAUUUUAUUUCCUAUAAACUCACAUCACUGCAGGCACAAAGGUCUAAACUACACAGAAUAGAAAAAUAAUUUAGAAUGUUUUAAAGAAAGAAUAGACGUAACGUAAUAGAGCCGCUGAGUUGUCAACGGUAUUUCAACUUUCAUUCUUGCACUGUGUUGUUAUUUCAACAACUCUCUUGGAGAGAAUAGCAAACGUGUUAUGAGUCCAAAAACAUAACUAUGUAUACCUAUAUUGCUAUACACUAUACAUUAUUACAGUAAUGUCAUGUAAGCUGCUCCCAAUGUAUCUCUAUAAUAUAUAAUUAUGGAACAGUCAUUGAAGCUACAUAUGGCAGCAUGUAAUAAUGACAAUAACUGUCAACAACCAAAAACAGGUCUUCUAGAAAAAUUAGAAACACUCUGGUGAGCUCCUCUGAAAAAUUUACUCAGUGCCAUUGGGAUGAAAUGAAUUAUUUAUGAACUUAAACUUCAUAUUAUGAAAAAAAUAGGUAACAAAAGAUAAAUACUCCUCAGAUCAUCAAAUGUGCCACUCAUAAAGAGUCAAAAUAUUGCUUUUGCUUAGUCAUAUAUUGUGCGGUCCAUUGGUAUGUUUGUCUUGGCGUGUAUUCAGUGGAGAUCUAGGUCAAGAGCAUAGGGGUCAGAAUGAAAUCUGAUCAUUUAAAAGGAAAUUUUGAAAUCUGUUAUCCUUAUCAAAGAAUACAAUACAGAUUUAUAACUGACGUAAAAGACCCGCACAGAUUCAUAAUUACUAAAAAUCUGUUUUUUUUUUAAUUUUUUUUUGCUUUGCUUUUUUUUGUUUUAGGUUGUAUAUGGGAUUUAUGAAUUUUAAAUGGUACCCCAGCAAGCCAUAAACUACCUCAAUCAGGAAAAGAAACAGAUUUUACAUUAUUUAAAACUGGUUUACAUUACUAAUGUUAUUUCUUAAUGAACACAUGGACUAAUGGACUGGAUGGCAAGAUAUCUCAUGGGAUUUAGUCCAUAAGACAUUAACAUACAUUGACUAUUUUAAUUUAUUGCAGAAAAAUGCUUAUUUAUUAAUCAAGCAUGGGAUGGUCUAUAUACAUGCAAAAUAAGUGCUAAACAACAUCUUGCGAUAUCUAAUUCGAAAGCAGAAUAUUAACUGUAUUUAUUAAAUCAUUCAUUUUAUUGCACGUUGAGUUUUUUGUUGUAAUUACGGUCAGUCAGUUGUGAACAUGCAAAAAUACAGGAAGACAGUUCAGAUUGCUUGUUAAUCUACAAUAUCUUCUAUUUGCAUGUCAAAACAUUGCAUGAGUUUAAGAGGUAUGAAAAUUUCAGACGUUCACUGCACAUCUAGACACAUAUGUCACAGAACAUUUCAAUGAAAAUUACCCAGAUUUUAUUGUUUUAACUUAAUCCGUUGUUUCACAAAAUCACACGAUUUUUAUCAGAAUAACACAGGUCAUGUU